GGCGAAGUUGGCAGAACAACAAGAGAGGAAGUCGAGGACGUCGAGAGCUCGCGAUUGCGAGGAGUGAGCGCAGACGGGGCCAUCCAUCACUACUAGGGCUUGCUGUCAUCUGUCGCGCUGGGGGCCCUGGGCCUGUGUUUGUUUGUGUUGUAGUUGCUCGAAUAUAAAGGCGCGAAGACCCGCGAAUCCAUUCGGCUCUCUGUCAGUGCUUCGUGUCCAAGUCUUUACUUCACCACCCACUAUUGGCUGAGUUCUCUGCGAGUGAGCGAGGGAGUGAGAGUUCGUGAGCCUCCUGUGCGUGUUGCGUCUGUCUGUCUUCCUGCCUGUGGUUUUUCCCCGAGGAUUGGACUGUGCUUGGGAUAUGGCCGGUGUGGAAGAUAGCAACACUGCUGGGUCCGCCUUGCACAACGAGGAGGAGAAGAAGCCGCUCGACCAUGGUGCCCAUAUAAACUUGAAGGUGAAAGGGCAGGAUGGCGGGGAAGUCUUCUUCCGGAUUAAAAGCUCUGCGACCCUCCGCAAGCUAAUGAAUGCUUAUUGCGAGCGGCAGUCUGUUGACUCGAGCUCUAUGGCCUUCCUCUUCGAUGGUAGGCGACUGCGUGCAGAUCAGACCCCUGCUGAGCUUGACAUGGAAGAUGGCGAUGAAAUUGAUGCCAUGCUUCAUCAGACAGGAGGAGCAUCAGGACUUUGAAGCAGCCCGUUUCGCCCCUCCAACCGUGUUAACUUUGUACAUUAUGCACAUCCGUGCAACUUUUGAUCUACGCUGGAGGAGCAGUAGUACUUCAUUCGCUCAAGCAGAGUAGACCACUGCAAAUCUUGUUGCUGUGGUUUAGAGCAAAACUGGUCAACUGUGCUUUUUUUUUUUCUAUCAGGAUUCUGUCAGUCACACAUGUAAAGAGGAUAAGUUAGAUGAUAAACGGUUUCAGAAACAUUGUCACGGUGCUUCGCCCAGUUUUGGGAUUCCAGACCUCGCCAAUGUAAAGUUGGUCAGGUAGGGUUGGGGUUUACGUAUGUGGAUCUCCUACUUUUAUGAAGAUAAAUUUAUCCAUGAUUGUGUUCUAUCGC